AUGAUUCAGAUGGAGAAGGUACACCAUGCAAUCAGUGCAAUUUACACAAUCUCUGGACUGAUAGAUGAUUACAUUGCCCCAUGCUACAAGAUCUCUGAGUACGACAAGAUAUAUAACCAUGUCUUGCAACCAGUGGAGGGAAAAGAGAGUUGGCCAGUUGCUGACAUGCCAAAACCUCAUCCACCUCCUCAUAGGGUAAUGCCAGGAAGAAAGAAGACAAAAAGAAGAAGAGAAGAAGGUGAGAAACCUCAGGGGAACAAGCUUUCAAAGAAAGGCAUUAAAAUUGCAUGUUCUAUGUGUGGGAGCUUUUCUCAUAACAAAAGAACCUGUGAGAAAAAUCCAAAUAAAGGUCAGAAACAAAAUGCUAGCUACACAAGAGCAGCAAAAAGAGCAAGGAAAAAACAGCAAAAAGAUUUAGUAAACAACACACAGGUGCCACACCCAGGAAAGAGGACAAAGAAGCAAGCAGCGCAUAGUCCAGCAAGGCCAACUUCAAUGCCCAAAACUGCUUCUCAACCUGUUGGAAGGGGAACCCAGAGAAGGAAUCACAACAGGGCAGGUUCAAGCUCACAGCCUGCUCCAAGAGUUCAAGUAACUUCAGGCUCACAGCAAGUGCCAAGUCAGAACAGGUUUCAAUGGUUUCUAACUGGGGAACAUUGA